AUGACUCCCUUGCAGCGCCGACCGAUGCAGCACAUUGAUCGCCGAGACCUGUACACAAACCUGAAAACCCGAAUACAAUACCUGCAGUCUUUCCUCGAUUUCAGUUCUCGUGACAUUGAGCACCUAGUGACUGGAGCCAAAUACAUCAGAGCCCUCAUUCUCGUUCUUGUAAACAUCGUUUAA